UUCUGGCAGAUUACGCAGCUGAAAAUCGACAACAACCCGUUCGCCAAAGGAUUCAGAGACACGGGGAAUGGAAGGAGGGAGAAGAGGAAACAGCUGACCAUGCCGUCGCUGCGCAUGUACGAGGACCAGUGCAAGGACCGGGAGGGCGCGGACUCGGACGCCUCCUCCAGCGAGCCUCCCGCGGGCAGAGACACGAGCCACUCCCCGCUGGGGCCCGGAGGGAGCCCGCUGCGCUUCAGACCCGGCCGAGAUGAGAAAACGUGCACGGACAGCGAGCACGAGCUGGACCCGCACGAGGACGCCUGCCCCGGCUCCACCAGCCCGGGAGCGCAGCCCGUGUCCCCGUACAGCUCCCGGUGCGAGGACCCGCUCCGGGACCGACCCCCGGAGAAGAAGGAGCACGGCCUGUUCGGCGUCCGAGCCCUGGAGAAGGACAAAGCCGAGCGACGCAAGGACCCGGACGCGUUACCCAAAGACUCUGACUCUUCCGGAGGCAUCAGCGCCACCAAAGACGCCUUCUCCCCGCUCAUGGUGCAGACGGAGAGUUCGCACUUCAGUCCGGGACAUUUACAAAGCCUGGCUCUCUCCGGUCUCCACGGGCAACAGUUCUUUAACCCGCUGAGCACCGGGUCGCCGCUGCUCUUCCACCCGUCGCAGUUCGCCAUGGGGCCGGCGGGCGCGUUCUCCGCCAUGGGCAUGAGUCACCUGUUGGCGUCGGUGAGCGGGGCGGGCGCCCUGGAGAACGGGAGUCUGUCCAGCCAAUCGGCGGCCGGAGGCGGGGCUUUUCCUUUCCACCUGUCGCAGCACAUGCUCGCCUCACAGGGCCUGCACAUGCCUCCGUUCGGCGGGCUCUUUCCGUACCCGUACACGUACAUGGCGGCGGCGGCGGCAGCUGCUUCCGCCUCGGCCCUCCCCGGCUCCAGCUCCAACAGCCCGCUCUCCAGAAACCCGUUCAUCGCCUCCACCCGGCCCCGGCUCCGGUUCAACCCGUACCAGCUCCCGGUGUCCCUGCCCCAGAGCUCCGGCGCCUCCCUGCUCUCCUCCGGCCUCCUGCCCGCCGCGGACUGCUCCAAAUCGGGCAGCAGGGAGUCCAGCCCCCCCCCUGAGAUCCUCCACAAGGUCUGCUCGAGCGGGAGAGCCAGCGCGUCGCCCAAAAGCUCCGUGAAAGACAGUGUGAACGAGCUCCAGAGCAUACAGAGACUGGUGAGCGGGUUGGAGGGCCAGCGAGACUCCUCCCCCUCCGCAGAACCCCCAAACUGAUACGAAAAAAACAAAAAAACAAAACAAACGCAAAUGGACAAGAACUUUAACCGGUUUGGAAAAAUCACAGCACCAGAACCACCACCAGGGGGCGCGGGUCGUGUUGUUUGGCACAUCGGACGGAUACGGGCGCUCACUCGGCUCGGAAGAUUUUCAAGAAACUGCGACUCAAAUCCAACUUUUUUUUUGUGGAAAUUUGGACAAAAAAACUGACAAUUUGUGGACAAAACGUAAAACGACGAAUUUAGUGAUCUAAAACAAGAAUUUAAAGGCGCUACACCUGGUUUUUCCCGACGGAUUUGAGCAAAAUUUGAAGUCAAAAUAAGAAAUCAGAAAUCGUUUCAUUGCCCGAGAAUCUGGAAGUGCGCCGUUUGCAUGCUAGUUUGACUGUCCCCACCUCUGAAAGCUGCGAAAAGCGCUCAGAAACUCGUCGCGGCGAGUCAUCAGGACGCCCAGAACGCGUGACGUAAGUGAGGAGUAACGUUAAAAAGUCGACAGUAAAAAUCAGAUGCAGCGCCUUUAAAUCGAACGAUUCGAAGAAAAGAAACAAAACGUUUUUUUGGUGGACAUCUUGAGAGCUUUUCUGGUGCGAAAAAAACGAUCAGACUGUGCGGAAACUUGAAGAAUUUGCAGCAAAAAAAAAAAAAAAGCAGCAGAAAUUUCACUUUUCAAAAACCCGCUGCGACGAAACAAAACAUUCUUCUUCGCCGGUUUCGAAAAUGGCGAAACUCGGUGACGCUUUUAUCAUUUCACGUCGAUAACUAUUUAUGUAAUUAAAACGAAGAAAUCUGUACAUAAGCUUAGAUCCAAAAAUAUCCAAUUGGUAUUAAUUUAUUCAAAACUGUAUAAUAUUGUGUAAAUAAUGUUGCUUUCACUUUCACUUUCUCUUUUCUCCCAUUUGACCUGUUCCUGUACGAUACUGACGCUUCGGCCGCUUGUGUAGGGUUUUGGUUUUUGAAGACGCCAUUUCGGAAUCUGCAUUUGAAAAUUUGAAAACUUUUUAAUUUGAAAAAACACACCUCAGGUUUUGUCACUCCAGGAAGUCUCCACACAUUUCUCCAACAUGGCGCCGCAUUCAUAUCUAUUCAUACGUAUAUUUAAAAAAAAAAGAAGGUAUCUUGUUUAUGCUGGUUGUCCGGGUAACUUUACUUUUUUUUUUUUUUUUUUUUUUUUGAUUUUUUUUGUCUCACAAUUUCAAUAAAAAAUCAUUGUGCUGAAAAAAUA